AUGGUCCAGAACAUGACCACAUGCCUCUACCAGACGGAGCUGGGCUGCGUCACCGUCACCUGGUGCCGGACCCUCAUGGGCGGCCAAUCCCUCAGCUUCACCGUCAACCCAAAUCCGAACGGCGCCAGCAACCACGAAGACGACGAAGAGGAGGAGGAGAGGGCGUCGGUGUCGCACCGGGUGCAGAUGAAGCCGUGGUUCUUCUGGAAGAAGAAAGGAUCGAAGAAAUUCUACCUUCUGGGAAGGAAGGCUCGGGUGUUCUGGGACCUCUCCAAGGCCAAGUUCUCAUCUGGUCCCGAGCCGGACCGGGGGUUCUACCUCUGCCUCGUCUCGGAUCGGAAGUCGAUGGCCCUACUCGUCGGCGAUAUGCGCCACGAGGCCUACUCCAGGACCCGCGCGCAGCGGCCGGAGAUCGAGGCGGUCCUCCUUUCACGGCGGGAGCACGUCUUCGGGAGGCGGCUCUACUCCGCCAGAGCGAAGUUCGGCGACGGCGAACCCCGCGGCGUCACGAUCGAGUGGGAGGCGGACGACCCGGGCCUGUGCUUCCGGAUCGAUGGGAAACCGGUUCUGAAGGUCAGGCGUCUGUCCUGGAAGUUCAGGGGCAACGACCGGUUCGUGGUGGACGGCGUUCCGGUUCAGGUCUUCUGGGACGUCCACAACUGGCUGUUCGACCCGGGUUAUGGCCACGCCGUCUUCAUGUUCCAGGAGGAGAGGACCGGCCCGUCGUCCGCAUCGGAGUGCGCGUACCCGGUCCCUUGGCCGAGCGGAUUCGGCCUCAACGGACCCGAGAAGAGCCUCCUGAAAACCGGUUCGUUCUCCUCCUACUCUUCGUCUUCCUCCUCCGCCUGCAGCUCUUCCGUUCUGGAGUGGGCCAAUACGGAGUCCGACCCGAACGCGAACGGCUUCUCUUUGGUAGUCUAUGCUUGGAGAACUUGA